AUGUAUAACGCAAAAAUGAACCCGCAAUGUUCAAAAUGUAAGGCAGCAAUUAGGAAAUAUAACUACUCAGUCAAAGAGAUAGAAAGAAUGAGAAACGACUAUGCAGACUUAAAGAAAGAAGCAGAAAAGCCAGCAGAAGAUAAAAUGAACAUGUUAGAAUUUCUGAACAAAAACUAUCCAACAGCAGAAGAUUUCCUUCUAUCUGACGUCAAGAAGAAGUAUAAAGAGACUUUCGGUAUUGUUAAAACUUUUGACAUACUGACAGAAGAAAUAGAAGCUACGAAAUUGUUUAGGAUUUCAAAUAUACAUCGUACAAUUCAUGUAAAACGCUUGUGA